AUGCCUCUCCUCGGUCGCAAGUUCCCCGCGCAAAUCGCUAAGCCCAUGUGGCCCUUCUACGUCUCCGGCCUUGUCAUCCUUUACGGUGUCAACGCUGCCGCCAACGCCAUGGGCCAGGCCGACGAGUACAAGAACGACCCCCGCAACCCGGCCGUCAAGAACGCAUCGCCCAACCACUAA